AUGAGCAAACCUUCCAAUUUGUGCUUGAACCGAAGCUGGGGAUUGUUGAACCGCCUGCCUCGGGAGACCUGCAAGCCAUGGUCUACGCUAUUCCAGGCAGCUCCUAGCCCUGCGUCUUUCGAUAGUCCAUUGGUCGAGACCGUGAAGUUUCUCGUGAUUCGUGAGCCAAGAGGCAUCCGCCAAAAUGUGGAGGCCAGGCUACUGGCUCUCAUGCACCCGAUAUCACUUCUCGGGAAGGCUGAGGCAGAGGGUAUUGAUGCAGCUCAGUCAAGUUCAGGAAUGGUGGCUAAAAGGAGUCAAGCUGAGCUGUUAUCAGCCCUAGCUGAACGUGUGGCGAUGAGGGGUGAACCCCUGCAGAUUGCACGUCUCGGGCCGCUUGAUGGCAAGGGCUGGAGAGGAGUUCCCGUGACCACCGUCGCUCUACUAGUGUCAAAUACCCUUGUGGCGCAGGAUGGCUCUGGACUAUUCCAACUAGCCCUGUGA